GAUGUAUCUUCAAAUAGUGGACUUACAGUAGCCAGGUUAUUAGCAGUCUCCGUAUUGACUCUUGAUUGACAAUUUCAAGUUUUCUCUGUGUAAGCUCCCUUUCUUCAGACAAUGUCAACUAGCUCGAAUGUUAGCCAGCUAGUAUUGUGAAGGUUUGUUUGUUGAACGCGUUGGUGAACUAAUGAAUUUAACAAAGCAAGAUUUAAAAGGUGAAGCUCAGGAAGACUUUGACUCAUAACAUCGGAUUUCUUCGAUUAGGACUGAUUGUGAUGGCUACUUGGUUUGUCUCACUUCGGCUUGUUUUGUUUCUGAGUAUGAUUCCGUCAGCGAAGAAUACAGAUCUAGGUUCAUUCGAUGACAGCGAAGAUAUCAUUUAUGAGAGAGUCGGUUGUUUCAAGGACACCAUGGCGAAACCCAGGCCCUUACCAGUUCUUGUUAAAAACUACCGCCGGCCAUCUGAGAUUGACUGGAAGAACUUAAAUAGGACCAUAAGAGCAUGCGCCAAGGAAGUAAAGGAGGCUGGCUAUAUGUACUUUGGCCUUCAAUUUUAUGGCGAAUGCUGGAGUGGACCGCAGGCUCAUUUAACCUACGAUGAAGAUGGAGAGUCAAAACAUUGCACACUGGGAGUGGGAAAGGCACGAGCUAACUUUGUGUACAAACUUGUUUUUAAAGAAUGCAACGAAUACAAAGCUCUUCAAUCAGAGGAUCGUUCUGUUCACCAAUCCUACACCUCCUCUGCAGCCUGUGACGUCAGCCUUAAGGCCGCAUGGUACAGAUUCAUGGGUAAAGCAGGCAAUGCCAUGGCGAACUCCUGUCCACGACGCUUCCAGUGCGGAACCAUUGUACCGGGUUGGCUGAACGGAGAGCUUCCUUCUGUUCAAGAAGGGAUCGUUUCCAGAAGGGUUUGCUUUCAUCAGAGCCGAAAUUGCUGCUACGAAUCAAUUGGGGCGAAAGUCCGAAACUGUGGAGUGUUUUAUGUCUAUUAUCUUUCCCCUGCACCAUACUGUCAACUGAGAUACUGUGGCAAUGGAAGGACGGAUUGAACUACUACACAAAAUCGAGGAGAGAUAAUUUAAAACCACUAAGAUGAAAAAAGAAAAAAAAUAGGAAUAUGCAAUAAAAUGGCUGUGAUAAUCUAAAAAUACUUUUAACCUGGUAAACUAAUUAAAACAGCUUUUCAAGUUGC